UGUCCGGCCGCGGCCAUUGUUGCCCCGCCCGGCUGUCAUCAUUAUGGGGAAGAAGCACAAGAAGCAUAAGGCGGAGAAGGCGGAAUGGAGGUCCGCGCCCGCCCCGGCCGUCGCCGCUGCCGGGACCGGCGCCGCUGCCUACGACGAUUAUGUGGAUAAACCCUUGGAAAAGCCAUUGAAGUUGGUGUUGAAAGUCGGAGGCAGUGAAGUGACCGAACUUUCAGGAUCGGGACACGAUUCCAGUUAUUACGAUGACAGAUCGGACCAUGAGAGAGAGCGACAUAAGGAGAAGAAGAAGAAGAAGAAAAAGAAGUCAGAUAAAGAGAAAGAAAAGCAUCUUGAUGAUGAGGAGAGGCGGAAAAGAAAGGAAGAAAAGAAAAGAAAAAGAGAGAAGGAACUGUGUGACACGGAGGGGGAGACUGAUGAUUUUGAUCCUGGGAAGAAAGUAGAGGUUGACCCACCUCCGGAUCGUCCUGUCCGGGCCUGUAGAACACAGCCUGCAGAAAAUGAGAGUACACCUAUCCAGCAAUUAUUGGAACAUUUUCUUCGCCAGUUACAAAGGAAAGAUCCUCAUGGGUUUUUUGCUUUCCCAGUCACGGAUGCUAUUGCUCCUGGCUAUUCCAUGAUAAUAAAGCAUCCCAUGGACUUCGGCACUAUGAAAGAUAAAAUAGCGGCCAAUGAAUACAAGUCGGUAACGGAAUUCAAGGCAGACUUUAAACUGAUGUGUGACAACGCAAUGACGUACAACAGACCAGACACUGUGUACUACAAGCUGGCCAAGAAGAUCCUCCACACAGGCUUCAAGAUGAUGAGCAAAGAACGGCUGUUAGCUUUGAAGCGCAGCAUGUCGUUUAUGCAGGACAUGGAUUUUUCUCAGCAGGCAGCUCUCUUGGGCGACGAAGACACAACUGUCGAGGAGCCUGUGCCCGAAGUUGUUCCCGUGCAUGUAGAGACUACCAAGAAAUCCAAAAAGCCAACUAAAGAAGUGAUUAGUUGUAUAUUUGAACCUGAGGGAAAUGCCUGCAGCUUGACAGACAGCACUGCGGAAGAGCAUGUCCUGGCUUUGGUAGAACAUGCGGCGGAUGAAGCCCGGGACAGGAUCAACCAAUGUCUGCCGAACAGCAAGAUUGGCUACUUGAAAAAGAACGGGGAUGGUUCUUUGGUCUUCAGUGUAGUCAAUCCAUCAGAUCCAGAGGUAGAAGAGGAGGAAACCCAUCCAGUGGAUCUGAGCUCUCUGUCAAAUAAAUUAUUGCCUAGUUUCACGGCGCUAGGAUUUAAAGAUGAAAGAAGGCACAAAGUUACCUUUCUUUCCAGCAACAAUGCAGCGCUUUCGAUGCAAAACCAUUCUAUAUUUCAUGACCUGAAAGCAGAUGAAAUGGAACUGCUGUAUUCAGCGUAUGGAGAUGAAACCGGAAUCCAGUGUGCCUUAAGCUUGCAAGAAUUUGUGAAAGAUUCUGGAAGCUACAGCAAAAAAAUAGUGGACGACCUGCUUGAUCAGAUUACUGGAGGAGAUCAUUCAAAAACCAUUUAUCAGCUAAAGCAGAGGAGAAAUAUUCCAGUGAAGCCACCAGAUGAAGUCAAAAUUCCGCCGGUGUUCAUAAAGGAAGAACACAAAUUGCGUAAUACUUGCCCAGAUACACCCAAGCAAAGUGCGAUUGGAGAAUCCAUUGGAGACAGUACUAGUUCCGUUUUGGAUUUUCUGUCUAUGAAGCCAUACGAUGUAUCACUUGAUAUAUCCAUGUUAAGCUCACUGGGUAAAGUAAAGAAGGAACUCGAUCAUGAUGAUAAUCAUUUGCAUUUCGACGAAACAACUAAACUGCUGCAGGAUCUUCAUGAGGCUCAGACCGACAGAGUAGGAUCCAGGCCUUCCUCCAACCUCAGUUCCCUCUCUAACGCUUCUGAACGAGAUCAGCAUCAUCUAGGGAGCCCUUCUCACCUGAGUGUCGGAGAACAACAAGACAUGGUCCAUGACCCCUAUGAAUUUCUUCAAUCUCCAGAACCUGCAAAUGCCAAUAACAACUAA